GUUCACUGCGCUUGUUAUUGACGCUUGGCGCAGGCUGUUAAUAGCUUUACGCCUUUUUUAAUAUAAUGUCCUGAAUCCGGCUGGUGUAACUAACGCGGAGAACUGCACUAGAUGUGCGGGGACGCUUCGUGUUUCCCCCAUUAUUACAGAAACACCAGAGCUUGAGGCAUGUCUUUCUUGGAACCCCUUGCACGAACUACGGCUGGCCGGCAGAUUUGUUUGCAGUAGUUGUUUUUCACAAAGACGUGCGGAUUGAAUCGCUUCGAGCCGAGCGUUUGUUUGUAAAAAAGUGAAAGUGCCCGAACUGUUCAGGUUUUUCCCCCCUUACGGAAACCCUGGAGAUGCGCGAAGCGUGCUUUGAUCAUUUCGCAUCGGACAACAUCAAACUCUCUCAUCUUCGUGCAGGGUAAAAGGAAGAUCUGUCUCCACUGUAAGUGCCCUCGUGAGGAGCAUGUUGUGACAGCCAUGCCACUGGAGAUGGAGAAGACGGUGACCAAGCUGAUGUACGACUUCCAGAGGAACUCGACAUCUGACGAUGACUCGGGCUGCGCUCUUGAGGAGUACGCCUGGGUGCCACCCGGACUCAAACCUGAACAGGUGCAUCAGUAUUAUAGUUCUUUGCCAGAGGAUAAGGUACCAUACGUGAACAGUCCUGGGGAGAAACAUCGCAUCAAACAGCUUCUGCAUCAGCUGCCCCCACAUGACAACGAGGUACGAUACUGUAACAGUUUGGAUGAUGAGGAAAAGAGGGAGCUGAAGCUCUUUAGUAACCAGAGAAAGAGAGAAAACCUGGGCCGUGGUAACGUCAGGCCCUUUCCUGUGACUAUGACUGGAGCAAUAUGUGAACAGUGUGGAGGACAGAUAAAUGGAGGUGACAUUGCUGUCUUUGCAUCACGAGCGGGUCAUGGGGUGUGCUGGCACCCACAGUGCUUUGUGUGUAGCAUGUGUGACGAGCUGCUGGUGGAUCUUAUCUACUUCUACCAGGAUGGGAAGAUCUACUGUGGCCGCCACCAUGCCGAGAGACUCAAACCCCGUUGUUCAGCCUGUGAUGAGAUUAUUUUUGCAGAUGAGUGCACAGAAGCAGAGGGCAGACACUGGCACAUGAAACACUUCUGCUGUUUUGAGUGUGAAACGGUUCUGGGCGGCCAGCGUUACAUCAUGAAAGAGGGCCGUCCAUACUGUUGCACCUGCUUUGAGUCGCUGUAUGCAGAAUACUGUGACUCCUGUGGGGAACACAUUGGUAUUGACCAAGGACAGAUGACAUAUGACGGCCAACACUGGCAUGCCACCGAAGCCUGUUUUAGCUGUGCCCGCUGUAAGAAGUCUCUGCUCGGCCGCCCCUUUCUACCUAAGCAGGGUCAGAUCUUCUGCUCUCGGGUGUGUAGCAUCGGCGAUGACCAAAACAGCUCUGAUUUAUCAGAUUCUGCUUUCCAGAGCGCUCGUUCCCGUGAGGCUCGGCACAGCAACUCCAAAUCCAACAAGAGCACCAAUAACAUUGGUUCUGAAGUGGAAAGGGGCCAGGGGAGGAAUGGUUCUGCAGGGUGUUACUCUGCUGAUGUUGACCCACUUUCCCUUCAAAUGGACUUGCUUAGUCUGUCCAGUCAAACGACCAGUCUGACUCGAGAACCCCCAUCCUGGAAGACACAUUCGGAGAUGUAUGGAUAUGAGAGCCAUAAUGAACUCUCUUCAAACCCUCUUCAUUUACUCAGUCAAUGCAACAUCCGGACUUCUUAUCCUUCAAAUCUAUCCCCUGGUCUCCCAGCAGAUCCCUGGCCUAAGGAAUCGAGGAGACCUCCCAUUUCUGCUCUAAAAGGACAGUCUUUGAAUGAGAACUGGUUCCAGCCGGGACCAGAGGACUAUUACGCACCCAAAAUGAGGACACAGGCUAGCUUUAGUGAAGUUCCACCGAACAGCUUCAUGGAUAAGCGGUCCAUAAGCUUGCAUGUAUUCCAGAGGGAGAAAGAGAAGGAAAUUGGGCCACAGAUGGGCCGCAGCAGGAACCCCAUCAGUGCACUUAGCUUUAGCGAGCAACUCACACCAUUGGAGCAAACGCCACAUGGCUCAGUGGUGUCACUGGCUCUGUCUAAUGCUACAGGCACCUCUGCAGAUGACGGCAGUAAACGGCAGGAGCACUUGUCUCGUUUCUCAAUGCCAGAUUUGAGCAAAGAUUCUGGCAUGAAUGUGUCUGAAAAGAGUAAUAUGGGCACACUUAACUCUUCUGUACAGUUCCACAGCUCAGAAUCGCUCCGCAGCCUGAACUCCGCACAGCCCUACCAGAAGCUCGAGGCCCCGAUGCAAGUCAAAUUCCCUGGGCAAUACCCCUGUGAACUUCCUGGAAUUAAUGCUUUGCCACCUGGAUUUGCCUACCAAGAGGAGGAUCAAGCAAGCUUAGUGAGCAAUGCCAACAACGCUCGUCUACCACCCAUGAGCGAACGGAAUCGCCGCCGCUGCGUCGACCAGGAAGAGCCACGCCGAAGACACCACCAUCGCCGCUCUCACCGUUCCAGACGUUCACGUUCAGAAAAUGCACUUAACCUUGCUGCUGAGCACCGUCCAGCCCGAAAGCAUUCUCAGCUUCAUGUUCGUGAGGAUUACGACCAGUUUCCUCCUCCUCGUGGGCCACGGGACCCACACUGUGGUGGAAGUGGCAGGUUGAGGCAGCAGCCGUUCAGACCUUGCCCUCGGACAACCUCUGACCUGACGCUUCAAAACCCCGCCCCACACCGACAUCAGAGCCUUUAUUCGUGGGACCAGUGUGAUUAUGAUGAUGAUUGGUGCUCAACAUGUUCCUCAUCUUCUGAGUCAGAGGAUGAAGGUUAUUUUCUGGGUGAGCCCAUUCCCAGACCGGUACAGCUGAGGUAUAUGACCAGCGAAGAGUUACUACGCAAAUACUCUUCAGGACCGGGCGCAUCCAAUCAGUUUGGGAGCCGUGGACAAUUACACACACGCAAACGUAGGAAAAGCAAAAACUGCAUUAUCUCCUAAAAGUUACGCCUGCUGCACCCUGCACAGUCUGUACAACAAGAUUUCAUCCUAGAUCUUAGUCAGGGUAGACGGCAUUUUUAAUUUGAUGCGAGUCUUGUUUCCAUUUGCAUCAAAUUAAAGGUGCACUUAUUAAAUAUUUUUCUCAUUGCUUAACUUUUAAACUAGUAGAAUAGUAUUUUUUACAAAAGUUCAAAAUCAUGUACAUUAGAGGUCGACCGAAAGUGGAUUUUGCUGAUACCAAUAAUUGGUUUGUGGAAAAGACAGAUAACUGAUUAAUCGGACGAUAGUUUUUAAAACCGAUUUAUAGAAUGUAAAAAAAGGAAAAAAAAAACUUUUAUUAGCCUUUCCUUACUAUGAUGGGCAUAGAGUCCACAAGAGUCCAAAAUGAAUACAAUCCCAGAUGUAGUUUCUUGUGCAACCAAAAUCCCAGUAAUAUUCAGAAAAAAAAAAAAGAGCGUUACACGUGACUGUGAACAAGCCCGAAAUACACUUGCUUAUUUUGGGACUCUUAUUUUAAAAUGACAGAGACAUGGCUCCAUUACAAUGCUCUAUAUUUAAGUAUUUUAAUUGAGCCUUUUAACCAAAUUAAGCUUUAAGCCUAUUUAUUAAUCGGAUUAAUGAUUGUGUGUG